AACUUUUCGGUAUUUUGUGCUCUGCGGAACCUCAUCAUCUCCACGCUGCACCACGUAUUGUCCACUUUCGGCUGUCGGUCAACCAUGUCCAGCGAGAAAAAACGACGCUUUCCGUACACGCGCGUUGCCUGCGACAAAUGCCAGCGCCGCAAAAUAAAAUGCAGCGGGGAGCGGCCGUGCAAAGGAUGUCGUGAGAGUGACGACAUGUGCGUCUACAAACGCACCACGCGCUUCCGCUCUGCACGCCGUAGCUCCAUUGGUGCAAAUACUCAAAGCUCCGAGGAGGCGGGAGAAAAGAACAAUGAGAUUGUAGUAUCGCAGUCCACGAAUCCGGCUUCCGGUCGGCGGAGUGUGGACCUUACAGCUUCGGCUCUCCCGUCUAUGCUGGACAAUUCCGAUUACUAUCUUCGUCUUGCUGAGAAGCGUCUUGUCGCUUUGAGCCCUGAUCAAAGCGAUGCGCCACCACAACGUCUCCGGAAGACGAUGGUCGGAGCUGAGUCCAUACAGCAGCUGAUGGACCAUCGCAGCCACGGAGCACCGGGCGGCCUCCUGGCAGCCUUUGAAGCAAAGUACUGGAUCAAGCUUUUACUCAUUUACGAGGAAGAAAUAGGUCUCCAAUAUCCAUUUCUUGAUAUCGAAAAAUUGAAGCAAGAUGUCAGGGCGAUCCAUAUUGCUCGAAGCAGUGUGGGAGGACGUUCCACGGUACCAAAAGCGCGUAAAGAGGAACGCCUGGAAGAUGUCGCCCUCGUCAUCCACGCCAUUGUUUCAACGCUCGCGGAUCCUGCGGCCAUUGAGAUUGCCAACCCAGCGAUUGAUGAGAUAUUCACGGGCGCCAUUGGCAGGACGCAGCUGAAUGGCGUUGACAGGGACGAGCUAUGCGUACUAAUCCUAUGCAGUAUGUACUAUUUUCUGAGCGACAGAGAGGUCACGGCGUGGCGAGGAAUAGGUAUCGUCAUGCGGCUACUUCAUGAGCUGAGCUGCCAGAGCUCCGACGAUUUACGCGUCAAAUCCUUAUCGGAACAGCUACAAAGUGUAGGGGAAAAGCUCUACUGGUCCUCAUACACACUCGAUCGCCGUUGGGGCUUUGGGACGGGCCUACCGUUUGCGAUUCAAGAUUGUGACAUUAAUCAUCAUCCCAGCUUUGCGGACGACUCACUGUCAUCUGCAUACCUGAAAUCUAUGGUCGCAUACGGUAGUGUCGCAUCCGAAGUCCGAAAAUGCAUCCUCGAUGCAUCCCUAUCCCUGCCCGCAACAUCAGCAUCAGUACGCGAUCUGCUCAACUUCAGGGUUGUACGAUGGCAGAAAAAUCUCCCGGCGAGGCUCCAGUUUGGCGGUGUUGAUGACAAGUUCGACUCAACCAGAGAGAGUCGCGGGGAGUACAAGCUGCGUCUCAUGCUCUAUCUAAGAGCAAACCAGAUGCGAACCGUCAUCCACAGGAAGUCGACAGUUCAAUCUGAGCCGGGUAGUUUCGAUCCUUCCAGCAUCAAUGACAUGGUGGAAAUUGCGCAGGAUACUAUUCGAAUCCUCGUUGGGCUGGCUCAAACGACGGAUAUUUACCACGCGCAGCACAGGACCUUCAACCACUUCCUAGAGACGGCCUUAUCAUCUUUGCUUCUCAUAAUGUGCUGUUCAGGGUCUGAGCAGAGUGUUUUAUGUCUGCAGGAUGUCGUUGCAGCGAUGGAGCUUGUCCGGCAAUUAUCAGCACAGUCACCCAUCUCACGAAGGCUCGGAGACAAGUUGCAGGGCAUACAGGACGUUGUGGACAAUAUCCAAUCGCAGGGCCAGGGUUUACCACAUUCUGUGAAUACUUCCGCCAGCUCAGAACCGGGACCAGCACCAACUGAUACACAGCUGAGUUCAGCAGGACCUUCACUCCCAUACUCAACAGCCGAUCCUCAAACUACAGAGGCCAUACCUGAGGAGUCAAUGGCAACAAGCCAAAAUUUUGAUCUGAUCGAUCCGAGUCUCCAACAAGUACCAAUGCAACAACUUCCAUCUGACAACAUCUCACCCCAAAAUACGUUAUAUCCGCCGACAUUCUCUUCUACGUCCGAUCCCUCUCAACAAAUGGUUAUGGGCAUGGGUCCUUUGCCACCCUUGGAUAUCUCGAGUGCUUUUGAGUCACUCGAUGGCGAUUUCCGUGCUUUGCAAUCAACAGAAUUGUGGGAGAUUUUAAAGGAGUAUGAGAAUUUUGGUUUCUAGCGGGAACUUUUACUCAACUGUAUUGAGAUAAACGAGAAUACGUUAUCUGUACAAACCAUGAAGUAAUCUGCCAUGUUAAUCAAGUAAUA